UUAGACUCAAGUGAAAAUUGGUCCUACAAAAUACAUGAUGAAGAUAAUUUUUCACAACAAAAUGAUUCAGUUAAUUUAUUAGUAGUUUUAUUACAUGAAAUAGGUCAUACAUUAGGACUUUCUCACAGUACAAAUAAAGAUGCUAUAAUGUUUCCUUAUUAUAAGUUAAGUAAAUCUCUUAAUACUUUAGAUCUUCAUGUUGAUGAUAUAUAUGGUAUAACAAGUUUAUAUGGUUACCCAAUUUUAACUGACCCAAAAGUGAUUCACAAUUCGAGUACCACAUAUUCAAUAAAAAAUCUAACAACAUCAUUAUCAUCAUCAACAACAACAACAACAACAACAACAACAACAACAACAACAACAACACCAUCAACAACAACAAAAAUACAAAUAAAUAAAAUACCUUUAAUUCCUGAUUUAUGUUCGCUAAAAAAAUUUAAUCAUUUUUUAAUUAUUCAAAGUCAUUUAUAUAUUAUUUAUAAUGAAUGGUUUUGGAUAAUAGAUUUUAAUAAUAUGAAAGAUUACGGUCAACCAAUGAAAAUUAUAACUUGGCUAACAUUUUUACCUAAAAAUUUUACUAAAAUUACUGCUAUUGCUAGACGACCUUCCUCCGAUGAAAUUUUAUUAAUUAUAAAUGAUAUGAUUUAUAUUGUUUCUUUGCCAAAUUGGAGUCUUAAAUAUGGAUAUCCUAAAAAAAUUUCACAAGAAUUUAAAUUAAAUGUACCUAUCAGAGCAAUGGUUAACAAUUAUGAUGGACAAUUAUAUCUUUUUUCUGAUGAUAAAUAUGUAACAAUAAACACUCAUCAUAAUUAUAGAUCAAAUUUAGGACUUAUAUCAAAAGAUUUUAAUGGUAUACCAAAUAAAAUUACAGGAGCAAUUCGUUUUACAAACGGAAAAAUAUAUUUUUUUACUAAAAAAAAUUACUAUGAGUAUGAUGAAUUUACUAAUACUUUAAUUAGAGCUGGCAAAAAGGAUUUAUCAAUUUUUGGAAUUAAUUGUCCUAACGAACCAAUCUUAUUACAAUUAAAGAAUUUAAUCUCUUCACUUAUUCAUUUUAAUACAAAAUAUGAGGAAGCAAACGAUGAGGAUGAGAAUGAGUAAUUUUGAUAAGAUUAGUUAACCGCAAACGUAGAUAAACAGAUGUAAAAAAUUGAAUUAUUAAUUUUUUUAAGGUUAAUUAACCAUAAAUAUAAAUAGAUACAUUUUUUGAUAAAUUUCAACUAUAAAAACAGUCUGAUUGAAUUUAGGUGUUAAUCUUAAAGUGACUGCGUUAAUAUGAAACCAAAUCGACUAGAACUUCUAUGUCAGAAAUGUAUUAUAGAAAAUUGUUGGAAUAAUCGAGAGAAGUUAUAUCAAGUUUUGAAAUAUUUACAUGCGAUGAUACCAACGAAAAUUUUUCAUGAAUUCUUAAUCGCAUUACCAACGAUAAGGUGGCAGAAAAUUUUCGAGAACAAGAAACCAUAUUAUGCAAAAAAUCCUGGUUCAGAUGAAGAUUUCAUCGAAGGUCUUGAAAUCUACGAGAAUAAUAACAGAAAAUUGAUGGAUUAUAAAUACGAUAAAUAUAUUGAUGAUGAUAAUUUGUACUUGCAUAUCAUGUUUGAAGUUGCAGUUUACGAUUUGUAUUUACCUUUUUUUGGUGCAUCAACAAUGUGUUUAAAAGGUAAUUAUUAUAAAUUUAAAAGUGUAAACAAAAAGUUUCGUUAUUGUAUAGACUGUUAUAAGUUUUAUAAGAAUUUAUAUAAAAAUGUACAAGAUUCAUGUAUUUUUUCGUUUAAACAAUGUUAUGAACAUACUAUAAUAAGAACAAUUGAUUUUGGAAAUUACGUUAAGGAUGAUUUAUUUUGGUGUGCAUUAUGUAUUAAAAAACCUUUGUUUGCUAACACUUCAUCAACUUGUAGAAAAACUUGUAAGUUGAAAUAAAACUAUAAUUUUAUUACAAGUGUUUUAUUUGAUUUUUAGAUAAAUACAAUAAUACAAUACAAUACAGAUAACAGAUAUUUUAAAAAUUAA